AUGGAUUUUUACGAGGCAUAUGCAAUAUUCGGUGUAGCUUGGGCGACUGCUGUAGGGAUGUUUUUGAUCACAUUUAUCACAGCAAGUUGCUGCCUAGCUAAGGUUACUUUGCCUUGGUUGGAAAAUAGUUUGAUGUUGCUGUAUGAAACUCGAGUUUAUCCAGAGACGUUGCGGGUUAUGAAAAAUGUUUUAAAGGUAGGUUUGGAUUUUUUGGUUAAACUACGCUGACACCCCUAUCCUUAAAGUUAUACUUAUAGUCUCUAUCAGUUCUAAACUGUUCUCCCUUAGUGUUCCAGUCACUUUUUGGUCCAGUGUUAUUAUAUACAGGAAGAAACCUAAACUAAUAAUAUUUAUACUGCAUGGAUAGCUCUGUCAGAUCCAAACUGUUCAUCCGAUCAUCAUCUCUUAUUCUGAUCCAGUGUUACUACAGGAGGAAACCCAAACUAAACUAACUUUAUUUAUACUGGAUAGCUCUAUCAGUUCUAAACUGUUCUUCCUAGAGGUCCAUGCAGUAAGGAUCAUCUCUUAUUGAUCCAGUGUUACUACAGGAGGAAACCUAAACUAAACUAACUUUAUUUAUACUGGAUAGUUCUAUCAGUUCGAAACUGUUCUUCCUAGAGGUCCAGUAAGGAUCAUCUCUUAUUGAUCCAGUGUUACUACAGAAGGAAACCUAAACUAAACUAACUUUAUUUAUACUGGAUAACUCUAUCAGUUCUAAACUGUUCUUCCUAGAGGUCCAGUAACACCCGUCCCACUAAUACACUACAGUGAGGACUUCUCUUCUAAGCCAUGACACAUUUCAUGUACGUAGAUACUACAGCUACAAAGAUUUGUAUAUGAAGAACUUUGCAUGCGCCAUAAUUUAUGUUUGCACCACCAAAUAACGAUUUAUCAUACGCAUCAUGAAAAAUGUGUUCUAGAUAACAUUAACUAAUUUCUCCAUUAAACUGUAAUCAAAGCACUAUAUUGAAUAUUUUAUAAAAGAAAGUUCAACCAUGCAUACAAUCAUAAUAGGUCAUGAUUUUCAAAAUAUUUUUUCUGCUUUGAAAAAGUUUCAGAUGCGUCUCUAUGGAAACACGGGAAAUGAUUUCUAAUUUCAUUUAGAGAUUUAUAUUAAAAAGAGACAUUGGGAAUUAAUAAUGUAGCGUGUUUAUUAAAACUAGACGCCAGAUACUGUAUAAUGCAAAAAUAUUAAAUAGGAAACGUUUGUAAUUGCAUUAUAGAAUCACGCGUAUUUUUCCUUCCCGCGCUCCUAAUCUCCCGAUGAAGAAUUCUGGUGAAGAGCGUUUGCCCAGAAAGCUUUUAAUCUUUUUACCUUUGCAAUUUCGGAUCGAAUUAAUAUGCAGUUGUUUGAUUAUAAUUUCGCCUCACUCAUUUGUCAGAAGAGUGCUUUAAGUUUGACUCCACCAAACAUCGCAAGUUUUCUGUCAUGGCUACUCCAGUUUCUUCCUGUAAACACUGGAGCAACAAGAGAAGGGAUAACAGUUUAGAACUGCAACCAGUAUAAAUAAAGUUAGUUUAGUUUAGGUUUCCUCCUGUAUUAACACUGGAUCAAUAAGAGAUGACCCUUACUGGACCUCUAGGAAGAACAGUUUAGAACUGAUAGAGAUAUCCAGUAUAAAUAAAGUGACUUUGGUUUAGGUUUCCUCCUGUAGUAACACUGGAUCAACAAGAGAUAACCCUUACUGAUUUAUCAAGGAGGACAGUCUAGAACUGAUAGAGCUGUCCCACAGUGUUAUAUAAGUGUAUUACAGAUUUUUCAUAUUCCGUAUAUCUCUCUUCUGUGGCAAUGAUAACAUGUGACUAUUUUCACACCUGUUUUCCAGGUGGCUCCUGUGAUUGUGAUAUGUCUGGGUUGUGCAGGUGGCGCAGGCCAAUACAUAUGUUACUACGUGGAUGGCGCUACACGUUUAGACUUCAAUAACGCGUUACCUCAUUGGCUGGUCAUAGUUUUAAAUAUCGUCAGGUUUACCAGUCUUCUGCACAUGUUUUGUGGUUACUCCUUGUUUUUGAUCGUCCCAGUUUGUGUGAUGAUUGUCUCACAACUUUCAAUGAAAGAAUUCAAAGGUAAUGUAUAAUAUUGAUUCUUCUUGUUCUGCUGUCCCUAAAGUUCAGUAAGGCUCAUCUCUUAUUAGUCCAGUGUCACUACAGGAAACCUAAGCUAAACUAUCUUUAUUAUGUCGGAGGAGGAACAGUUUAGAACUGAUUGAGCUAUAUAUAAAAGCUAUCUUUUACUUGGGGAGACCCAGAGGUGUUUGGUGGAGUCAAACUGCAAGCACUCUUCUCAAAAUAUAUCCAUCUUCCGUUUCAAUUUUCAAAUUAAAAUAAGGUAAAUGUUCUUCAACAAAUGUAUUGAUCAACCUGCAGGUUUUAUGGAUGAAGAGUUUAAGAAAACAAACACAAGUAUGACAUUUGGAACAGCUGUAACGUUGUUUGAAGAACGUGUUAAUUUUAUCAGACAGUCUUCUAAAUCUUGCAUGGUAAGUAACACUCGUACGUUAUUUAUGUUUGGUUGUUUUAUCAGUGCGACUUCGUUCUGAAGGUUUGCUUAUUUGGGAAACAUGUCAAAACAUGGCUUAGCGAGACUUGCUAUAGGAACAUUUGAAGAUUCAGUGUUUUCUCCAAUGUAUACCGUUUGUCUACCAUUGGAAACAUGGUUGUAAAAACAAAAUUUCCUUUCCGAGGAAAUGUCUCUUAACAAAUUCCUGGUUAUCCCACCCACGGUUCACCGUUUCUAGGAAACAAUGUUUCCGCGCAAAAACAUGUUCUACUUUUCCCUGAUAGUGCAUAUUGCUUUGUGACUAAACAAAUAUUCUUAAUUUCAGGAAACAAUAUCUUAGACAUUGCAUGAUUAGACAUUCAUUACUUCUAAUUACCUCAACAGAUGCACAUUAAAUUAUACGGAAAAAUAAAAUCCUUUUAUUAAUAAUUCAAUAGGUAAAAAUUAGAAGGAUUUAAAGUUUUCCGACGUUUCAAAAUUCUUCAGUAACUCCAGACGAAGUGCCUUCGCUCGAAACGUCGAAAUUCCUGGCUUAUAUAUUUUCAGGUAGUUGAUCCCUACCAACGAAAGCUUAGGAAAGCAGCCUUUAAUAUAACAUGGAUUAUUCAUUCAUUUAUUCACAGAUGAUGUUAAUAAUUCUGGUUGUGUCAUCUACACUGUCCUUCACUCUGAACGUCUACAACUUUCUGUUUGUCCGACGUCUUGCAAUAUAUUUCUGGUUUGCUGUCCUGCCUCUACUCUGGAUCGCUAUACCGUUAGCAGUCGCGGCCUGGGCUACAGACACCUACCAAACAUUUGCUGGAGUUGUACUCAAGAAUUGGGCCCAGACUUCCGGAGAUGCAGGUGAAAUUUCAGUGCAAGGACUGGUGACAAAUGACGUCGCACUGGAAGUGACUUGCAUCACGUGCCGCAGUUCGGCACGUUCAAAGGGCUCACAACGCAAGAAAAACACCGGUAUUCAGUACGCAAAACGAAAAUUCCGAAAAAAUUUGCGAAACGUGAUACGGCCAUUGCAGAUCAAAUCCUGUCCACAGAAUGGCAAUACCAAUGUUGCUUUUCACACACGGGGAAAUAAACAGAAUGGUUUUACAUUACAACACGGGUUGACUAGAGAUAUCACGAAACUGCCUAGUGUUGAAAUGUUUGAGCCUGUAGUUAUUGGCCAACAAAUUGGUCAGCGUGCACCUGAGCCCGCAAUAGUUGAACAACCAAUAGGUCAGCGGACGCCCGUGUCCGCAGGACAAUUAAUUGGCCAGCGGACAAUAAACGAAGCUGUCAUUACUUCAUGUGAUUAUUCACAGAGUAUGCCAGUAAGGUUUGAUUUUGAGCGGUAUAUUAUAUACCUGCAAUGUUUGUUGCCUGACGUUGGAUUCUCGGUUGGGGGAUGUCUUGUAACGUGGGAUAAAGUGUUUGGCCUGGCUGUAUUUAUGACUUCUUUAGCGGCCGUGUUUAUUCAAGAAGUUCUGUUUGGAAGUAGAAAGAAUACUAUUAGUCGACCAUGA